AUGUCCCAUUCAUGCAGCAUCAGUGAGCGGCCCUCUGGUGAUGUGUGGCUCGGGCGAGACGGAGGGGUCAGCCCAGAUGGAGCUUGUGAGAAGUGCUUGAAAUUUCUCAACUCAAUUCAUCACCUUCUCCCCCUCUCAUCACCCCCUCUCCUCCACCCCACCCCUCCUGCAAGCCACAGGGGUGCGGCUCUCUUCCUCACAUACAAGCUCACCACCCAGGCCGCCACUCGUCCCUCCUCCAGGCCCAAACUCCUCUUCGCGAACCCCUGCCCCUCAUCCUCCUCUUCCUCCUCCGCCUCCACUGCCACGGCUGCCUCUCUCUCCCUCGACCCCUCUCUCUUGGCUCAUCUUGGCUCCUCUCUCACAGCCAAUCCCCUCAACGCCACCGCGGGCGCUGCUGCUGGAGCCUCAGCCACUCUUCUCAACAUCUCUGCGGGUGUUGAUGCUGCCGUCGGAGCGUCUCUUCCCAACGGCAUGGUAGACGCGGCAGGCGGCGUCUCGGCUUCCACCACCCUUCUCAACACCUCCGCGGGUGUUGGCGCUACCGCCGGGGCGUCUCUUCCCAAUGGAACGGUGGACGCAGCAGGGGGUGUCUCGGCUUCUACCGGGCUUAUGAACACAUCUGUGGGUGUUGGCGCUGAUGUCGCAGCGUCUCUUCCCAACGGAACGGUGAACACAGCAGGAGGUGUUUCAGCCUCCACUACUCUGCUCAACACAUCAGCAGGGGUGGGCGCUGGUGCAGCUGUCUCCCUCCCCAAUGGCUCUGUCUCGGCAGCGGGUGAUCUCUCCGCUACCACCGGCCUCCUCAACACAUCCGGAGGGGUAGGAGCCACAGCCGGGGUCUCCCUUCCCAACGGGUCUGUCGCUGCAACGGGCGGCGUUGCUGCGUCCACAGGGCUGCUCAACUCGUCUGCUGGUGUUGGCGCCAGCAUUGGCGCUUCCCUGCCCACUGGCACUGCCUCAGCAGCAGGCGGCCUCUCGGCCUCCUCCGGUCUGCUCAACACGUCAGCCGGCGUGGGAGCAGGAGUGGGCGUGUCUCUCCCCAACGCCUCUCAUUCUGGCUCUGCCUCCCUCGCUGCCUCCUCCCCUCUCCUCAACACCUCAGCCGGCGCCGGCGCUGCCGUCAACGCAGGCUCGGGCAGUGUCAACGCCAACCUCGGAGCCUCAGCGAACCUCGGAGGCUCGGUCUCCGGCCUCAUCUCUGGUGUGGGCGGGGCUGUGGGGAACCUUGUAGGCUCGGUGGGGAACGUGGCAAGCUCGGUGGCAGGCUCAGUGGCAGGUUCGAUGGGCAACAUGGGAGCCUCGGUCUCAGCCUCUCUAUCCCCAAUGGUGGUGCUUACAGGGGGAUGGAUGGCUGCCAGUGGUGGCGCCUACGCCAUGGUCGGGCAGACUCGAGUGUCGGCAGCGCUGGCAUCGGCCCUCGUGACCCGCAUGUCCACCAACCUGCCCCUCUUCCUGCAAGUGCGCGUCGGUGCACAGGGCAGCCUCGUGGCUCGCAUGGAGUAG